GAAGCCGUGACACCUCAUUCCGAUAUUCCCAUUUCUUAUUAAAGCCACCGGAAAAAGGGAACUCGGAUGAACUGAGAUUUGCAGCCACCGGAAGAGAGAGAGUGGUGGGCCCGCUUUCAAUCUUGUCCUGUGGUUUUCCUGAUCCAACGGCAGCAGGUGCUCCGGCUCCUUGUUUAACGUGCACGAAAGCCACCACUCCUCGCCCCCAACUAUAUUACCUCUUCCUUUUAUAUAUUAUAUUAAGGCAGACGUUGUACCUCGCAGUUUAUGCCUAGUUGAGCUACGUAGCUCGACGGCGGUCCCAACGGCGCCGGCCUUGCUCUUUCCUCUCCCCUUCUCCGUCUCCUUCUAUAAGUAGCCCCUCCGCCUCCCGCUCUCUCUACUUCUCCCCCUCCCCCACAACAUCAAUUCUUCUGCUGGUGAGAGAGCGGAAGCAGUAGUCAGCGGCUCGGCAUUGGCCAGACCAAAGACAGAAGGGUGUAGAUUCUGUAGAACUUCGGCUCCCUGCUUCUCUCUGUUUACUUGUGUCUGUUUCUUUGGGGAGGGAGAUGGGGGAGGUGUUCUUCUUGUGGGUGGUGGUGGUUCUGAUGGGGUUGGGGGUGGGGUUGGUGAAGGCGUGGGCGGUGGUGUGGUGGCGGCCGCGGAUGAUAGAAGCCCACUUCGGGAAGCAGGGGGUGAGGGGUCCUCCCUACCGGCCGUUCGUCGGCAACGUCCGGGAGAUGGUCUCCAUCAUGCUUCACGCCUCCGCCCUCCCCAUGCCCCUCUCCCACAACAUCCUUCCCAGAGUCCUCUCCUUCUACCAUCACUGGAAGAAGAUCUACGGUGGCACGUUUCUGAUAUGGUUCGGGCCAACGCCGAGGCUGGCCGUCGCCGACCCCGAGCUCAUCCGCGAGAUUUUCUUCUCCAAAUCGGAGCUCUACGAGAAGUACGAGUCCGACCCUCUGGUUCGCCAGCUCGAAGGCAAUGGUCUCCUCAGCCUCAAGGGAGAAAAGUGGGCUGCCCACCGUCGGAUCAUCGCCCCAACCUUCCAUAUGGAAAACCUCAAGGCGCUGAUUCCGGCGAUCGGGCAGGCGGUCGUGCAAAUGGUUGAGGAAUGGGAGCGGGAGUCUCCGGAAUCGGAUUCGGGCGAGAGAGACAUCGACGUCUCGGAUCGUUUCCAGAGGCUGACGGGGGAAGUCAUCACCAGAAGCCUGUUCGGAGCGAGUAGCUACGAAGAUGGCAAGGAAGUCUUCAGGCUUCAGAGCCAGCAGAUGACGUUCGCCGCAGAGUCCUUCAACAAGGUCAUGCUGCCCGGAUACAGAUUCCUGCCGACGAAGCUCAACGCUCUGUCCCGGCGGCUCAACAGAGACGUCAAGAAAUCGCUGGCGGCGUUAAUACAGAAGAAGUACGCGGCCAUCAAGCAGCCGGGGAGGAACGACCCUGAGCUCAGCCAGGAAGAUGACCUGCUGGGGAGGAUGAUAGCGGCCAGCGAGCGGUCCGCCACUCUGUCGCCGGACAGCGGAAACGGCGGCGCCGCCGGCGCUAGGUUCACGGCGGAUGACAUCGUGGAGGAGUGCAAGGCCUUCUUCUUCGCAGGCAAGCAGACGACGUCCAACAUGCUGACGUGGACGACAGUGUUGCUGGCCAUGCACCCCGACUGGCAGGAGGCGGCACGUGCCGAGGUCCUCCAGCACUGCGGCUCACGUGCCGUCCCCACUAAGGACUCCAUACACAAGCUCAAGACGAUAAGCAUGAUCCUGAACGAGUCGAUGAGGUUGUACCCACCCGCGGUGGCGGCGAUACGCCGGGCCAAGUCCGACGCUAUGCUCGGCGGCUACCGGAUUCCGGCCGGCACGGAGCUCCUCAUUCCGAUACUGGCUGUCCACCACGACCCGAGGCUGUGGGGGAACGACGCGACCGAGUUCAACCCCGGGCGGUUCGCGGACGGAGUGGCGCGGGCGGCGAAGCACCCGAUGGCUUUCCUUCCAUUCGGGCUGGGGCCCAGGACGUGCGUCGGCCAGAACCUGGCCCUUCUUCAGGCCAAGAUCGUGCUCGCUGUCAUCCUCCAGCGCUUCUCCUUCCGGCUCUCCCCUUCCUAUAGGCACUCCCCGUCUGUGCUCAUGCUGCUUUACCCGCAACACGGUGCUCCAAUCUCCUUUAAGCCGUUGGAGCCUAGCCAUGGCAGCCGCCGCCGUUCCUCGUAGCAUCUCCGCCGCCAUGAUCUGCUCUUCUUUCUCCUGUCUUCUCCUUUUCCUGUAUGUAGUCCAAUACGUACAAUUUUUUUUUGUUUUGUAUACGACCUUGUAAUUUUCGAGAAAAUGUUUUCUACAGUAAUGAAUGAAUUCAUAAACCGUUGGGUGCCAA